AUGGCCAACUACACCUCUUACUUCCGUAGAAUCGUGACUUUUCAGCGCCAGACCCUUCCUAUGGGGCGCAACUCUCCGUGCCUCCAAGAAUUGCUGAAUCACCUUCAAGCACACAUCCCAAAAGUUGUCUUGGCGCCCAUUGUCUACUCGGGUGACGAAAUCAAGAUUUCUUCCAAGCCGAAUGAUAUGCUUCAUAUCGCUGGUACGCUUUUACAACUGCUAUUGCAGUCUACAACCCAACGUCCAGGGAAAUUCUGGCAACGAUGCUACUAUGUACUACCUUUAAACAUACCAAAGAAGGAUACUUCAUCUUUCUUGGUGUUUUUGCUCUCAUAUUCCGCCACAGUCGAUUUACACGAAUACAGCUUUCUUGGAGAUCAGGAACAGCGAUCUGGCUCUCGCUUCUGCUUAUUUCCUGAGCUUUUAACACAUCCUGGACUUCCAAUGAAAGCCAGACGUCACCGUUUACUGCAUAAAUGCCCGCCUACCAAAAAAAGUAUGUUUCCUCUCAGCCCCGCCACAAUCGGUUUCCAUGAAUACAGCUCCCCAUCAUGGUUCACAAACAACUCCUUCAUGUUCGACGACUACCCGAGGAAUGGCACACAGUUUUUCGUUGGCGAAUACGCUUGCACCUCUACCAACGACACAAACACGCUUGGAGAUCUUCCCAGUGGGAGAUUGGCCUAUCCGACACUGGAGGGGUCAGCGGCAGAAGCCGCAUUCAUGACUGGAAUGGAGCGGAACAGCGAUGUGGUCUUUGCCUCUGCUUUUUUUUUUUCUGCUCAACAGAUGCCCCGAGCUUUCAACACAUCCGCAACUUCCAGUGGACGCCAGAUAUCAUCACUUACGAUGCCAGCAGGCUCGUCAAGUCAACGUCAUACUACGUUCAACAGGCUAAUGUUCAGUUUGAAUAAAGGCACCCAUGUUCUUUCGACUACACCAGCGCCUAGUCCAGACACUGCGCCGCUUUUCUGGGUUGCAAGUUACCACAAUGAGACGGAUGUUGUUUUCUUGAAGGUUUCCAAUACUGGUCUGACCGAUCUCGUUGCACAUGUCUUCCUUUCCACACCUGCGACAUCGUUGUUUGUCUCUGCAGUCUCACUAUCGUCGCCGGCUUUGAGCCAGGAUCCGGUUUCUGGGCAGUUCAACGUGUCCAACACACUGGAUAAACCCAACCAGAUCAUUCCGGUCUCUUCGUCGUUCGCCUUUCAGUUCAACGACAAAUUCAACUAUACUUUCCCCGCGACUAGCAUUACUGUACAGAGCUUCACCGUCGGAGAGGGUGUAGUGCAGACUUAA